AUCUUGUCGGAGCUGCUGAACUAAUAAGAACAAGGAUUUCAUCGUUUUAGCGAAGAUUUAGAAAUGAUCAUCAUGAUUUUGGGUGGAACAAAUAACUCGUCAGCAGCAAAUGUCUCUACUCAUGGGGAACCCAAAUGUGCAUUUGAAAACGCAAGUAGCAUCACUACAAAUCUGGUAAUCAUAGGUUUUAUCUUGAUCUUGUUCUCCUCUCUAGUCGGAAAUUCUCUCUUGAUCCGAGUUGUACUCAGUGAUAAAGAAGCAAGAAAGAAAUUUCCCUUCAACUUUUUGAUAAUCAACAUGGCGAUUGCGGAUAUCAUGAAUGCCUCGUCGGCUUCACUCGUGUUUAUCUUGUUCCUGACCAUUGGUAGACUCUGGGUGUCGGGAAUAUUCGGAGAAAUAACUUGUAAGGUAUCUUACUUCUCGGUGGGCUUCUCCGUCGCCGCAUCCAUUCUAACCGUUGUCGUCAUGGGAUUGGACCGCUUCAUGGCAGCACACGCAACUAUCAGGCCGCUCACGAAGAGAGGUGUCAAACGUGCUAUGGCAUUGAUAUGGGUAUUGGCAGGAUUAUUGUGCAUCCCAUAUUUUUACAUUUUUAGAUUGGAGCAAGGCUCAGAUGGCAGGCAUUAUUGUAUCAGGAAAUGGAGCGAAGACGCAGAAGAAAACCUUAAGUCUUUGGCAGUAGAGGAAAUGAUAAAGUUCGUGGCUCUUUAUGCAUGUCCUCUAAUAUUCAUGGUGUUUUGUUAUGCCAUUAUUGCGUGUAGAAUUCGCCGACGAAGUAAACUUCCCGUGGGGACUAACACCCGAUCCAAAAUCGUGCAGCAGAAUCAACGUGUAGUAGGCAUGAUUAUUGCUAUAGUCGUCAUAUUUGCAGUCUGCUGGUUUCCAGUCCAUGUUAAUCACUUGUUACGAUCAUUUGAUGAAGAGACCUACUGUAAACUUCCGGCCUACCUUCCUCUGUCGUUUUUUUGGCUGGCCCAUGCCAACUGCGCCAUCAACCCCUGGAUUUGGUUUCUGUUUAGUCGGCAUUUUCGAAGUUUACUCAAAGCGACAACUAUUCAGUCCAUCAGCCGAUGGAUCGCUGAAUCCCCUAAAGAUGGCCGGUAUGGACACAUGCCAUUGACUGCAAAACGGACAUCGAAAAAACGACUAGAAAUUCAAGAAGAGAACGACCAGGCCAUAACAGCCGAGCAGGUACUUCUGUAAUCGGCUUUGUUUCAACGAACACCAGAUAAACAAUGAAAUUUAAAACGGUAUUACCCUGUACUGUCUCGGGAGUAGUACUAAUAGCCAUGCUAAUGAUUACACAAAAUCCUCCAUAAUGACUGGAUUAAACAACACCCCAGGGGCUAAUGUAACUCUAAUACCUCAAUAACAACUUGAAGUUUAAAGCCAGACUCAUUCAGGUCGUUGUGCAUAACCGCAUUAAUAGUAGGUUUUAUUACUGGUGUACACAUUUAUGAUGGUUUAGAAAAAAAUCGGGAACAGCCAUCUUGUUGACGUUUCUUGUGGUCAGGGUGUGACCUAAUUAUGGCAAAAUCAAUUAUGAUAAACUAUUCUGACAGACGUCUGACAGUGCUAAGUGGCACUUACUAAAAGAGGGUAAGGCUUCGUAUUAGACUGGGUGGGGAGGGGAGGGGCACUAAAUCGACUUAUUAAUUGUGAUUCAUCGAACUACGGACAAAAUUUAUGAUUUCAUGAGACAGAAUUUUACCGGCUCUCGAUAACUGUUGCAUAUUUAGCAUUGAUUUGUUCAAAGCAUUUGAUGAAAUAGUGAGACUAUAGUGAAAUUGUAACAUUAAAGUGCAGUAUAUGUGUAAAGCCAUUGGAGUUCCCUGUUAGUAGAAUGUUUCUUCCUUCAGCUAGUUGUAUUUGACACAGAAAUAAAAAUUGCUCGAGGGUAGACAAGAGGUGGUUUAGUGGAGAAGAUAUAAAAUAAAAUCAAGGGUAAUAAACACCCUGUAUUCUUUGCCUUGC